CACUGUGGACUAUUUGCAUAUACUAUUGGUCAAUGCGCUCAUAUAAAUUAUGGCACGAAUAAAUGGUUUGUUCUGAAUCGUAAUACUAAAGACAAUACUUUAAUUGUUGUUCCUGGAUCAGAUAACCCACUUUUAUUUUUACGAAAUCUUGUUGCCAAAAAUUGGACUUGGUAUUUGCCUCCUGAAAAAAUUAAGAAUGGUGAGAUUAAAAAUGUUGCGAUUAAGUCAAAUGGUAGAUAUGUAGUUGAAUUUGAGAUGCCACAAAGAGCAAUUUCGCCUGGCCAGACUGUAGUUAUUUGGGAUAACAAUUGGUGUCUUGGAAGUGGUGUUAUUGAAUAUGCAUUUUAA